UCGCGGUUCAAACCUAACCCCGCAUCUUCGUUUCCAUUCCUAGGGUUUUCUCUCUCUCUCUCUCUCUCUCUCUCUCCUCGUCGCGUCGAGGGGGUUCGAUACGAAUCCUUGCGACCACAUCGGGACCGGCGGGGUCUCGGAUCGCUAGAUCCGAUCUCGCUCGGGGAGUUUUUGCCGAUUUUUUGGGCGAUUUUCGCGCGUCGGGAGACGAAUUCUCGGCCGCGGCGAUGUUCCUCGUCGACUGGUUCUACGGCGUGCUCGCCUCGCUAGGGUUGUGGCAAAAGGAGGCGAAGAUUCUUUUUCUAGGGUUGGAUAAUGCGGGGAAGACGACGCUGCUUCACAUGCUCAAGGACGAGAGAUUGGUCCAGCACCAGCCGACGCAGUAUCCGACGUCGGAGGAGCUGAGCAUCGGGAAGAUCAAAUUCAAGGCCUUCGAUCUGGGAGGGCAUCAGAUCGCUCGCCGUGUGUGGAAGGAUUACUACGCCAAGGUCGACGCAGUGGUUUACCUAGUGGAUGCCUUCGACAAGGAGAGGUUCGCGGAGUCGAAGAAGGAGCUUGAUGCCCUCCUCUCAGACGAGGCUCUAGCGAACGUUCCCUUCCUCAUACUGGGCAACAAGAUUGACAUCCCUUACGCGGCAUCUGAGGAAGAGCUGCGCUACCACCUGGGCCUGAGCAACUUCACCACGGGCAAGGGUAAGGUGAACCUCGCGGACUCCAACGUCCGCCCCCUCGAGGUCUUCAUGUGCAGCAUCGUCCGCAAGAUGGGCUACGGCGAGGGCUUCAAGUGGCUGUCCCAGUACAUCAAGUAGAGCGCCGUGUGAUACCCCUAGUCAGGUUUUUGACUUGAACUCCUAAAACCUUUCUUUAUAGCUUUUCGGGUUUAAUAUUCAGGCGUUGAAAGGAUCUGACGACUCCAACGACAUUAUAUUUAAGUGGGUCAUGUUAGACACUGUAAAGUAGAGAAUGUUAUUGUGAUAUUGAUUGUGGUUGAGUUGUCUUGCAUUGAGUUCCUAAUUUUUCCAAAAGCAGAAAAGGAAAAAGAACGAAAAAAAGAUGGAAUUAUAGAUUAUCCACCGCUAUUUUGGUAGUGAAAACAUGUCUGCCGCAGAUUAUGUACUGGAGCAAAACGUUUGCUGUUUUUCUAUUCCAUUCGUAAUUUGUACCAACAAUUUUUGUGCCGGCUUUGUUUGGUCCUGGUGGGUUUGGUUUA